UGGGAUUUUCAGGUUUUUCUCGUCCUCAAACGUACCAGAUAAGAAGGCAAGAUAUAUCUAUCGUCUUUCCGACCACCAUUCUUUCGUGUUAGAUUUAAAUAGUAUUAAAGUUUCCCGCCCAAAGUUAUUGUUGUGAGUAGAACCAUACUAACGUGGGUUGUCGUUUUCUUUUGAAAAACAACAAUGGACCUCAUUGUUGGCUACAUAACCGCUGAUGCAAGUAUUAAAGAAAUUUUGUUGCAGGAUUACCAAAGCAAGGAAGAAUACUUUUUCACUACUUUCAUAAAACUUGCUUGCUCAGCGUUUAACGAUCUCCUGAAACAAAAUUUUCAAACAAAACAGGAGAACCUGAUUCUUAUCAAGGAGAAGAAGCAAGAAGAAGAAGAAUACAAAAAGCUUAAGAAAGAACUAACAGAUUUGACAAGAAAUAAACAGGAAAAACCUGAGAAAUGUCAGAGAUGUGUUACACAAGAAAAAGAUCGCCGUGAAUUUGAACAAAAGUAUACCAAACUGGAAAAGCAGUUAAAAAAAUGUGCAUUUAUUAUAAAUUCUUCUCUGGAUGGAGAUGGCAAAGUCCUUGGUCGCGUCCGUGAUAUUGUCUCACAAUCUGUUGUAGAAAACAACAAUCCCCAAGAUUACGACAAUGGUGUUAUCUCACGGACGCAAGAAAGACUUUCUACUUGUGAUUACCCUGUGGAUAUGAAACCUGUGUGGUCUUUGGAUGACGAUGAUACUAGCAUUCUUGCUCCUUCGUCUCCCGAGGGGAAUGACGUGGAAACGCAGCGUUUUGGUGGUCCUGGAGAAGAUGUUGUCGUUUGCAUCCCCGAAACGGUACCCUUCGACCAUCCUAAACAAGGAACCACUACGCAAAAGUUCUUUAAGGGCAAAGACUAUGCGCUAAGCCCAAUAAUGUACAAAAAAUCUUCUUCAAAACUGGGUGUUAGUAGGGCAGUUUCACCGAUCAAUGUCCAAGCAAUUACUCCCAAAAAACAACCGAAAAUCAAUGGAGAAGCAUCUCUAGAUGACUCAAUCUACAGUCCACCGAUUUUAACGGACUUUGGCUUACCUUCUCGUCCCUCUGCUUUUCUCAACCCCACCAACCAACGUGUUGAAGAAACAUGUAAAAAAACAAAAAGUUCUCGUCGAUUAGCGACUGAAUCGAAGAAAUGUGUUCAGCCUCCUGUGACAGAACAGCAGCAACGAACUCCAACUAGCCAGAGACAUAAAUCGCUAAAGCAGACAAAGCUAACUUUGGGUAGGUUGGCCAAUGAUGUAUCUCCAGAACUAGCUAUUGCUGCUACUGUCAAAACUCGGAUGCCUACCAAAACCAUCAGAGUCAGUCCACCAGCAAAUACUGAAAAUAAGCGAAGGCGUGCAGGAAAAGACCCAGAAAACUGGGAUUGCAAGGAGUGUUAUAAGUUGUUUCAAAAAGCUGUGGCAGCAAAGAAGAUCGAUGUGCGUAAAAUGCCGGUUGCGAUGAACUUCUGUGACGCCCAUUUCAACCGCUAUAGUUAUUACCUCAAUACACCUCCAAAUUUUUGGGAUUGCGGUAUCGGCAAGCCUCCGCGCAACGGCCAUCUUCAUCCAUUGGAUGCUUCUGCGGCAGAGGACGACGACGACUUCAUGUGAUGAUGACGUAACUUUUUGUGAUUUUUACUUUAUACCUAUUUUUUUUUUCGCUUUUGGUUCGCACGUACGGAUAUUUUUCUUUCUUUCACCGCGAGCCAAAGCAUCCUCCGUGAUCAUUCGUUAGAAAUAAAAUUUUCUAUUUUCUGCUCA